AUGUAUACUAGAACUUUCACGAGAUUAUUUUUGAAAAAUAGAGCCACUUCUACGUUCAGUGUACGGCAUGUUUGGCAAACAAAUUCCAUUAAGCACUUGAAUAACCGGCAUAUCCUCCAAAGCAGUGUAUUAAAAUAUUCCAUAAUACCCGCCAGCGGCAUUAGUUAUUGGUUAUGGAAAACUUCAACCGAGGCAAUAUAUAACGAUGUAUUGAGUUUAAAUCCUAAUGGUGAUACCUUCGAGAUGAGUCUUUAUUUAACCUCAAGAGAAGAGUUAUAUAACAAAAAUGAGAAAGAACGAGACAUAUUCAUUAAGAAAUAUCAAAACGUUAUUCUAAGAAGUUUAAUCAAAUCUUGGUAUUUAUUAGCUGAUAACAUAAUUGAACCUCUGGCAACUAUUGUAAGGUUUUUUCAACUUACUUCAUUAUUCUUACCUCUAGUACUUGUCUAUCCCAUGACUUGGCUUGGCAACAAAGUACUGAUAAAUGCCAAUGACAUGAAAGAUCCGGAAUUUGAAACUACUGGAUCUAUUUAUUGGUUUAGACUAGUACGAAUUUCCUUAGAAUUGGCUGGACCAAGUUUCAUUAAAUUAGGGCAAUGGGCAGGCUCAAGAACCGAUAUUUUAUGCCAAGCGUUUUGUAACGAAUUAGGCAAAUUACAUAGCAACUCAAGGAAACAUUCUUCUGAAUAUACCAAAGAUCAAAUAUGUAAUUCAUUAAACGAGAAUAAUUUUGAAAAUAUUUUCGAAGAAUUUAAUGAUUCACCUACGGGGGUUGGGGCCAUUGCCCAAGUUCAUGUUGGUAAAAUAAAAGAGAAUUAUAUUUACAAAAAUACUUAUUUAGAUGAAGAUAAUAGGAAGUACUUGCUCCAAAAUAAAUGGUUAGCUGUUAAAGUGUUGCAUCCCAACGUACGUACAAUAAUUAAAAGAGAUAUAAAACUUAUGAGAUUUUUUGCAAAUAUAAUAAACGCAAUUCCAACAAUGGAAUGGUUAUCAUUACCUGAUGAAGUUCAACAAUUUGAAAUAUUUAUGAAUUUACAAUUAGAUUUAAGAAUUGAGAGCAUGAACCUUUCCAUGUUUAAUAAAAAUUUUGAAAAUUUCCCCAAUAUUAAGUUUCCAAAGAGUUUCACGGAAAUUACAACAAACAAUGUAUUAUUUGAAGAAUAUAUUAAAGCAUUUCCUAUGGAACAUUUUUUAAAAAUUAAAAUGAAAUUAAUGACCCUGUUUUAUUUCAGCGAGUUAGCACCCCUUUUGUGGAUUCAUUUUUUGAAAAUGUUAAUUAUUGACGAUUUUAUUCAUGCAGAUUUACAUCCUGGUAAUGUAUUAAUUAAUUUUAUCAAGAUGGAUAAUAAUGGUACCAAAGUAAUUUCUAAUGAAGAAGAGUCUUACCAAAUUGUUCAUAAAUUGAUGCGUUUAUAUAAAGAUAGUAGAAUCGAUGAGGCAAAAAAGCCUGAGUUUAUAUCAGACAUGAAGUACGUUUUAAAUGAAUAUACUCCACAGAUAUGCUUUAUUGAUACUGGUCUAGUCACAGAACUAAAUUCUCGAAACAGAGUUAACUUUAUUGCGUUAUUUAAUGCCUUAGUAAGAUUUGAUGGUUAUGAAGCUGGUGAGCUGAUGAUCGAAAGAUCAAGAACACCAGAGACUGCUGUUGAUAAGGAGAUAUUUGCCAUGAAAGUCGAAAAAUUAAUCGACAAAGUUAAAAAGAGAACUUUCACUUUAGGGACAGUCUCUAUUGGUGAUUUACUACAACAAAUGUUGAAUAUGGUAAGACAUCAUCAUGUAAGACUUGAAGGAGACUUCGUUUCAAUCGUUGUAGCAAUUUUAUUAUUAGAAGGGAUUGGUAGACAGCUAGAUCCCGAUAUGGAUUUAUUUUCAAGCUCUUUACCUAUUCUUCGAGAAUAUGCACUGCGCAAGGAGUCUAACACAUUAAUUCAAGAUGCAAGCCGUUUAUCAAUGCUCAAGAUAUGGAUGGGCCUAGAAUUACGCCAAUUGAUGAAUUUAUCUGCUGCACAAAUACACUAUUUGUUAAGAACAGAUCAAUUAAGCCCCAAUUAUUAA